AUGAAGUUGAUCCUCUCCACCUCCAAUAUCAUGCAAGGCGGCAGGCCGCCUGUCAUCCGCCAACCAACGCAAAAAUCCAACGUUGAACUCAUCAACGCCCUGCAUUCGAAUUUCCUUGCUUCGCAACAUAUUGAUCUGCCAAACGGAACCGAAGUCCACGUUAACGGGAAUGGUGUCUCCAACAGCACCGCGAAGGGUUACCAGUCUUGGACCGGAGAACAAGACGGAGCCCUUUACAUCCCCGCAAUUGACUUCUCACAGCCCGGACUGGCGGAGGAGCGGUCUCAAUACGAUAUCACCGUGAAGCUGUUCUAUCUACCAGGGAUCCCAGUGUCCCGACGUUGUGCGCACACAAGGGAGGCAAUUGAUCUUGUAUUGAAGGAGCUACAUGUGGAUUCUAUUGAUCUGCUGAUUGUAUCGUUCCCGGGUCUUCUAUUCGAUGCGGACGAUGACAGCGAUGAGGAGGAAGCCGGGGCUACUGGAGAGUCUGAUGACUUCGACAGCAUGGUGCAGACCUGGCGUGUACUGGAAUCAUUGCAUGAACAGGGCAUGAUCGGUCAACUGGGUGUCGCGGAAUUUGGCAGCGAACGGCUGGCGCGAUUCUUGCCGCACACUCAGGUAAAGCCCUCAGUUGACCAGAUCAAUCUCAAGGACUGUUGCGUUGUUCCCAAGUCCUUGAUUCUCUAUGCGAAGCAGGAGCAGAUUCAGCUUCUCACUCAUAAUGAUUGCAAUGAUAUCCUUCCCGUGGGUACAACAAGAGAGCUUCUCGGCCCUGCGGACAAGGGCGUUGGUAUCCUGGCUUCUGCUCCCGACGCCGAUGAUGGUAUUCAAGGACAUGUUGAGCCUCAAUGGGUGGUCAAGUAUACCGCAGUUGUGAAGGAUCGCGGCGUGGUAGAGAACAAAGGAUACUUCGCUCUGGCGGAUGUUGGUAGCUGUGUCAAGCCGCAGUCAUGA